UUUCGUCUACUUCUUUUUUCCUCACUUUGCUGUCGUUCGAUCCGCCUUCCUCCCCUGCAAUGACAACGUCGAACGGUCAGAUUUCCCCCACGCGAAUCUCACCGGUGACGCAGAUUCACGAAGAUUGAUCCUCCUCCUUGCAACUGACUCUUCAACAAUGGGCUUGAUAAACCCUAAGCGGUUGAUUUGGCGGCACCGAGGCUUUACAAUUACAGGGAAGUGAACACACAUUCAUUCGCUGCGAGUUGCGACCUCUGAAUCUAAUCAAAGACCAUGCAGUUCUCUCAAGACGACUUCGAGCGCCUUGUGCUCUUCGAGCAUACUCGCAAAUCCGCCGAAGCUACUUACGCCAAAGACCCUCUCGACGCCGACAAUUUGACGAAAUGGGGAGGAGCGUUGCUCGAGUUAUCACAAUUUCAGAGCGUUGCAGAGUCAAAGACCAUGAUUAAUGAUGCGAUUUCGAAGUUGGAGGAAGCUUUGCUUAUUAAUCCCUUGAAGCAUGAUGCUUUGUGGUGCUUAGGAAAUGCUCAUACAUCGUAUGCAUUCCUGACGCCUGAUUUCGAUGAGGCCAAGCCUUAUUUCGAUAAAGCGUCGGAGUGUUUUCAAAAGGCGGUCGACGAGGAUCCGAGUAAUGAGCUCUAUCUAAAGUCUUUGGAAGUCACUGUUAAGGCCCCAGAAUUGCACAUGGAGAUCCAUAAGAGUGGACUUGGUCAACAGACUACGGGUGCAGGACCUGAGACUUCCUUUAGUCGUGCAAAGAGUUCCAAUUCGAAGAAGAGCAGCGAUCUCAAGUAUGACAUAUUUGGAUGGGUUAUCCUUGCUGUUGGAAUCAUCGCAUGGAUUGGAAUGGCAAAAUCCAACAUGCCACCACCUCUACCUCGAUAAACCCAAUUGUAGUAUCAUUUAAGCAAUAUUUCCGGUGAUAUCGUAGGAAGGUUCAAAUUUUUGUUCAAAGGCUCUUCAGUCUGCUAUGUGGUAAAUCGAGUUAUCAUUCAAUUUGUACUCUAAGUACUGUCGAGUAUGACUAUGGUGCUCUCUUUAUAUGCUAUUUUUUAAGAAAGAACAUUUACAUUUAUUAUAUUCCGCCUAUUACAGAUUAUUUAAAAGUCUUCAUUGGUGUGCUUGCAUCGAUGGUUAAUUGGUUUUAACCUCCUCUUUUCGUUUGUUGCAUUGAUGCUGCUCGGGGUAGUUUUCUAAACAUU